AUGGGGCUCAACCGGUUGCUUUCACCAUUUACAUUGCUGCUGUUUUGUACAGUAUGCGCCGCCCUGGCGGAGGACGAGCAACACGACGCGCACGAGGGAGACGACGUGACGCUCCAGUGCCGCUUCACCCUGCAGCCCAGCGCGGGGGAGUCCCUCACCUACUACUGGGUGCGGAACACGGCCAGCGGCCACGACAACGUCGCAAUCGGGAACAUACCGCUAGAGACUAACUACCAAAUAAAGUACGCGCCGUCGGAGGGCCGCUUCGACCUGCUGGUGUCGAACGUGACGUACGAGCGGGACAACGGGCGGUUCGAGUGCCGCGUGAAGGCGGGCGGCUCGGGGCGCACGCUGCACGCGCAGGGGCACGCGCUGACGGUGCUCACGCCGCCGCAGCCGCCGCGCCUCGGCCCCGGGCCGCACGCGCUGGCGCACGAGGAGCGCGAGCUCGCCCUCCAGUGCUCCACCGCCGGCGGCUCCCCGGAGCCCUCCAUCAAGUGGUACCGCGAGGGUUCUCCGGCUGCCCUGGAGGCGUCAGUCGAGCACGGGAGGACGCGAGCCGAACCCUCGGUGGCGACGCUGGUGCUGAUGCCGCAUAGGGAAGACGACGCCGCGGUCUUCCGCUGCGUGGUGUGGAACCGAGCGAUGGCCGACGGCCGCCAGUACAACGCCACCGUCCAGCUCAGCGUCAAUUAUUUCCCGCGAGUGGAAGUUGGGCCGGAGAAUCCCCUGCGUGUAGAAGUGGACGGCACAGCAACGAUGGAGUGCAAAGUCGAUGCUAAGCCCAAAGUGACGAGCGUGCGUUGGACAAGAAACGGGAAAUAUAUAUCCAACUCUUUCUCGCACACGAUACAAGGGGUGGCGGUGCAGGACGCCGGCCAGUACACCUGCUCGGCAGACAACGGACUCGGGAGACCCGGAGAGAAAGAGAUAACUCUAGACGUCCUUUACCCUCCCACCGUCACCAUCGACUCGAAGACCUACGAGGCGGAGGAGGGUGGCAACGUGGAGAUCCGAUGCGACGUCUCCGCCAACCCCGAGCCGGUCUCCAUCGAGUGGACGAUGGAGGGGAAACCGGAGUUCCGUCAGAAAGGGAAGACGCUGACACUGACAAGGGUCGACGCCGACGUGGCGGGGACGUACACGUGCAGGGCCCUGAACGUCAUCUCCACAAGCGGCGGCAACCGGAUCGAGAGGGCGAGCAGCGCGUCCGUGGCGGUGCUGGUGCGCCACAAGCCGGGCAGAGCGCACAUCAGCCCCGAGCGGCCGGUGGCGCAAGAGGGCGCCGGCGUGACGCUCGCGUGCAGCGCCAAGCCGCCCGGCUGGCCCGCGCCCCAGUUCCGCUGGUUCCGCGACAUCGACGCCGCCGACGCCAACCCCGUUGUGCUCGCCACCGGCGCCACGUACAACAUACCGAACGCGCACCUCGGCAGCGAGGGCGUCUACCACUGCCAGGCCACCAACGAGCUGGGCCACGGCGAGCUCGCGUCCGUCACGCUCGAGGUGCACCAGCCGCCCCGCUUCCAGUCGAAGCUGCAGCCGCACGCGACGAAACGCUCACGCGAGCAGAACUUCUCGCUGUCGUGCAGCGCCUUCGGGAAGCCGCUGCCCACGGUCAAGUGGUACAAGGACAACUCCGAGAUCAAGCCGGACGUGAACCUGUACGAGGUGAAGACGGACGUCACCGAGGGCCGCGACUCCGUGUACAACGUGCAGAGCACUCUGAGGUUCUACGGCAAGGCGCGGCCCAACGUCAACGACCUCAUACCGGACGACAGGGGCUCGUACACGUGCGCGGUCGAGAACGAAGUGAAGAAAAUCGAGUCGUCCAUGCACCUCAGGAUAGAGCACGAGCCGAUAUCGAUCCGGCAGCAGAGGAAGGUGGCGUUCGACGUGAUGGAGGCGGCGGAGAUAUCGUGCCGCGUGCGCGCGUACCCGAAGCCCGAGUUCGUGUGGCACUUCGGGGGCGGGGCGCCGCUGCAGCCGUCCGAGCGCUACGACAUCACGUCGGCCGAGGACGGCGACUCGUACCUCAGCGUGGUGCGCAUUCGCAGCGUGCGCCCGCAGGACUACGGCGAGUACCGGUGCAGCGCGAAGAACGCGCUCGGCGCGAUAUCGCCGCUGGUGGUGCUGCAGCCGAAGGGCGCGCCCGAGCCGCCGCGCGCGCUGGCCAGCCAGCGCGUGGGCGCCGGCCACGUGGCGCUGCGCUGGGAGGCGGGCUUCGACGGCGGCCUCGCCACCAAGUACUUCGUGCUGUACCGGCGCGUGGCCGGCGGCGGCCAGUGCGCGCCGCGCGCCGACGACGGCUGGCGCGAGUACGACUGCGCGCGCGCCAACCCGUGCAACGUCACGCGCCUCGAGCAGCACAACACCUACUCGUUCAAGGUGAAAGCGGUGAACACGAAGGGGCAGAGCAACUACUCGAACGAGAUAACGGUGACGACGAAGGUCGACAAGAUCGCGCCGCCGGAGCAGCUGACGUACGAUCCGAGUACGCGCGCGGUGGUGUUCAGCGUCGGCGCCACCUGCCUCGACCUGGUGGCCGUGGCGGAGGGCCUGGGGAGGGCCGGCGGAUGGCAGGUGGUGGAGACGAUACCGCUGAGCGUUUCUGGGGUGAGCAGCAGCGUGCAGAGGGGCGUGCUGGCGGCGCCGGGCGCGGCGGAGGCGGGGGCGCGGGGGCCGGCCGUGCCGCCCCCCAUGGACGAGCUCAACCCGCGGCUCCGCCUGCGCCUCUGCCUGCUCAACAACCAGGACGUCUGCAGCAACUACGUAGAGGCGGACAUUGGUCCAGCCUACAUCAAGGAAGCGUCCGCCUUGACGACAGCAACAUUAAUCGCGAUCGUGGUUUCGGUCAUAGUGUUCGUUCUAUUCCUGUUUCUGCUCUUCAUUUUCUGCCGGUGCAAGCGUACCGAGAAGAAGAAGAAAGACUAUGAGAUGGCCUCGAUAGGCCACGGAAUGUCGCUUACGUCGCCCAAGAAUCAAGCGCCACCGCCAUAUAUGGAGUACCCCAAUGCUGGCAUGGAGAACAAAGCUCUGGAACAUUCGAUGGAACUGUCCAUGGACGAUUCGAAGAAUGCCGUGUACGCGACGCAGGCCGCGUACGGAUAUCACAUUGCGCCACACGCCACGCCCACGCAUGUCGGACAAAACAUGUCUAAUCUGGACUGGGUGAACACCGGCUACAUGGACAAGGGCUACGCGAACAGCAACAACGGCGGCAGCGUGAACUCGCAGGACUCGCUGUGGCAGAUGAAAAUGGCCGCCGCCAACAACGCCGGAAUGAUGAUGCUGGAGCGUAGCAGCAACUACGGCUACGACCCAAUGCACGCCGGCUACGGAACGAUAGACGACUACGCCGCCUACCAGCCGCUGCCGCACACCGCCCACGCCGCCCACGGCCCGCCCAACGCCGACUACAUGCGCACCUCGCAGAACCCCUCGCGGCAGGACUACUGCUCGGACUCCUACGCGUCCGUGCACAAGCCCAAGAAGCGUAUGGAACAGCACACAGAGUCGCCGUACCACGAGGUGAGCGGGCUGCCGGAGGCGUACGCGGCCGCUGAGGAGGGGGGCGCGGAGGACAAGCCGCCGCCGCUCUCCCUCAGCUACGACGAGUCCCUCGAGUCCGGGUACUCCACCCCCAACUCGCGCGCCAGGCGCGUCAUCCGCGAGAUCAUCGUG